CGGACCGGGAGCAACGCGCUGGGAAGAGCAGAGACCACCGACAACAGCCCCGCGCUCUCCCACACACGCUCACACUCGGCUCUUUCCUCUCCACCCCCACCUCCUCCUCCUUCCACCCCCUCCACUAACACCAUCUCCUCCUCCUCUCUGCAACAAGAAAAAAAAAAAAGCCAUUUACAGGGGGUGAUGUGCAACUAAUUAAAGGCAGACUGGCAGCGUCUGCAAAUUCUAAGGCUCCCCAAAUAAAAAGAGACUGUUGUAACAGUUGGAGGAUAAUGCAAAGGAAGACGCUGCCGGGGAAAUCACCGUCCGUGGACAUGCGCCCCAGAGAGGACUAGAACAGCCCUCACCUUGCUAUCCCCACCCGGAUCACCCUUUCCCGCCCGGCCCGGCACGUACCCCGACCCCACCAUCACCCGUUUCCCUCCCCCCCACCUCCCCCCCUUUCCCACCCAGGUGUCGGACCAGGCGGUCCCCACUUCCACCCUGCACCCCUUCUUCCCCCCCUGCACCAUGAACACCAAUGUCUGCGUGGAGCCCGGGCCGAGCCCGGAGGCCCCGGGCUUGCCCAAGGAAAGCCACCUGCCCGAGGGGGCCCUGAACAGCCUUGUGGAUUACAACUCGGAGAUGGAGCGCUACCGCUCCUUCGCCACCUCCUUCUACAAGACCAACGGGGGCGCCUUCCCGCAGGCGGCCAAGAUCGCGCGCAUCACCACCCCCAUCUUCCCCAGCAGCGCCGCCGCCGCCGCGGCCGCCGCGCGCAUCGGCAUGUCCCCGUGGAACUGCGACAACGCGGCCACCGCCGCCGCCACCGCGAUGCUCUGGGGCAGCGGGGGCGGCGGCGGCGGCGGCGGCGGCGGGGGCGGCGGGGCCGGCAGGAAAUCCUCCUCGGCCGCCGCCUCCUCCUCCGCCUCCUCCUCGGCGAUCCUCCCCGCCGCCGGCGGUGGUGGCGGCGGCGGCGGCGGCGGCGGCGGCGGUGGCGGCGGCGGCGGCGGCGGCAGGACCAGCAUGCACCACCGGAACGACUCCCAGCGGCUGGGGAAGGCUGGCUGUCCGCCAGAGCCGUCGUUGCAAAUGGCAAAUACUAAUUUCCUCUCCACCUUAUCCCCCGAACACUGCAGACCUUUGGCGGGGGAAUGCAUGAACAAGCUCAAAUGCGGCGCUGCUGAAGCAGAGAUAAUGAAUCUCCCCGAGCGGGUGGGGACUUUUUCCGCUAUCCCGGCUUUAGGGGGCAUCUCAUUACCUCCAGGGGUCAUCGUCAUGACAGCCCUUCACUCCCCCGCAGCAGCCUCAGCAGCCGUCACAGACAGUGCGUUUCAAAUUGCCAAUCUGGCAGACUGCCCGCAGAAUCAUUCCUCCUCCUCCUCGUCCUCCUCGGGGGGAGCUGGCGGAGCCAACCCGGCCAAGAAGAAGAGGAAAAGGUGUGGGGUCUGCGUGCCCUGCAAGAGGCUCAUCAACUGUGGCGUCUGCAGCAGUUGCAGGAACCGCAAAACGGGACACCAGAUCUGCAAAUUUAGAAAAUGUGAAGAGCUAAAGAAAAAACCUGGCACUUCGCUAGAGAGAACACCUGUUCCCAGCGCUGAAGCAUUCCGAUGGUUCUUUUAAAGCAGUAGUGUAUCUUAUUUUCAAGGCAUUUGGAAAUGGAGGGUAAACUAAUGUCUUGUUUUAAGAAACCGCUUAGUCCACCAUUGAAGAAAAUAUACAGAAAUUAUUUUCAUUUUAGUGUAUAGGGAUUUCUUCAAAAAAAAAAAAAACAAGAGGAAAAGAAAAGGAGAAAAAGACACAUAAAAAUAACAGGGAAGCUUGGAGAAUUGGCCAGUCUAUUUACUUUCAAUACACUGAUUCUUCCUUCGAUGUAUUUAGCUAUACUAGUGAAGUUGUUGUCUAUUUUGAAAGUGGCUGUAAAAAAAAUAAUAAUAAUAAUAAGUUUGGGUAACCCCUGACUGUAAAAUCAUGUAUCUUUGCAAAGUACAUAUCUAUACUUCAUUUUCAAAUAUAUGUGUUUCAGUACUGUAAACUGUACAGAUAGCAGCUUGUAUUUUGUGUGUUUAGACACAAGGAGACAAUCAUGUCUGAGCAGCUAUGGAGAUUAACAGUUUGUGCACAACAAUAUGGUUCUGCAAGUUAAAUCUGGAGCAAUAAAUUCUAGCUUUAAAUAUUUUUGCCAGUUGUUUGUAGAAGCAGAAACAACACUGGUGAUUAUUCACGCGUCUUUCUGUAGAGACUUGAUGGCCGGUUUUACGAGACUAAAAGAUAAUACUGCAUCCAGCAAAUACCUUCAAUUGUGUCAAUGUAAGAAGGGAAGCUACUGUGAAGGUUUCAAUUAAUCUUUCGAGCACUAUAUUAGAGUAGUGGUUAUGCACUUGCAUUGCGUACAGACGAGCUGUACAGAGGGUAUACCCCCCAGAUACUUAGUGUAGUUGACUUGUUUGGGUUGCACUGUAUGGGGAGUACUCAGAAUAGUUGGAAAAUGCAGAAUCAGUUGUAUAAUUUUUUUUAAUUGAAAAAGUGUUUUCUAGGCUAAAGUUAUCAGACCCUAGAAAGAGAAAUUCAUGCCUGAAACUUUUUUCCCCCCUUAGUCAUACACAAGCUGUCCAAGCUUUUUUGACUCUUUGGUUAUUUUGUUUUUGCUUUGGGGAGGAAUAGGAAAAAUAAAAACAGAAGGGUAUUCAGAUGUUUUGAUUCCAUGUAAGACAUUGAAUCGGUAGGUUUAAAAUUUAAAUGCACUGAAGCCUACUUUAAAGUGUGGCUGGACAUAUUUUCAAGUUAAGAAUAAUUUACAGACUCAUUAAAAGUGAGGAUUUUUUCUUUAUCUUCCUUUCCAUAGCUUAUCAGUUGGGUCCAGUGUUCUUCUGCAAGUCCCUCAGCGAACACCCAUUGCUUCCUUCCCAUUCAAUGGAAGCUUUCUUUCCGUGAAGCAAGGCCGAGGUGUGCGGAACUUUAUAAAACAAGACAGCAUCCUUUGUAGAACCCGGGCUGCCUCGCCCUGUAAGAUUGGGUUUUCCUAGGACAGUCAUACUUCUCAAAAGAGGCCUAUCCCAUUAAGACAAAUACUUUAAUUAAGUUUUUUAAAAAAAUAACUGGUAAGGAUCAGUUCUAGAAAUAAAACCUAAUUUAGGAAAAACACAUAGAAUAACAAGAGUUGCUGUGUUACUUUCAUUUUUGUUCUUUAUGCCUAUCAGACAGGUUAGCAAGAUGAAUCAGAAGGAAAACAACAGGGGAAGACAGUGAUAAGGCUGUGGGGACUUUAAAGAGUAAAGGUACUUCAGAAGCUGGCUGGCAAACAUUUUUUCAGAUCUCGUUUCGUUUUGAAUGGGAAGUGGAAUGACAAUUUCUUUUUGUAAAGGAAGGUCAACUGUGCCAUCAUUGGAGUACUUGGAGCAUAGUAGGUCUGUAUGAUGCCAGUGUGGGGUACCAGUGGGAUACCGUGAAUGUGCCCAGCUAGCAUACCAAUGCCUACUCUGCAGUAUGGUCAAGUCGUCUCCUUGAGGAAAAUGCAUUAUGUAUUACACCCGCCUAUGUUUGGGGAAAAAAAAGAAUGAAAUCAUCAAAAGCUAAAAUGUGCUGGAUAUUACUUCUGAGAUAGCUUUCUACUCUGUGUGUAUCCCUUAGAGGGUUUGUAGGUAUAAUUUCUGUUUCUUCUGUAGGGCCAAUGAUGGCCUGUAUGAGUUCUUUAUUGUCCCAUUGUUUCUUUCCUUUUUUUUUUUAAUAUUUUUCUUUAUUCUUAUUUUUGACUCACAUAACUAUGAGUAUGUGAAAACUUAUUUUCACACUUGAAUGGGACACUUUCCUUGCUUUUGUAAAAAUAAGUAUAAGUGAAGCAAAUUUCUUUUCAGACUGUAUUAGGCACACAAUAAGGACCUCAUAGCAAUGUAUUGACAGUCCAAACCUCAAGGUUAGGUAUUGCAUAUCUUGAAGUAUUGGGGGUUUAUUUUCGGUUUUCAUUUUUUUUUGAAGACAAUGAAUCUGUGCAUUGUAAAUGUAUUGUGUCAUUUAUUUUUAAUGAAAUGAAUCUGUUUGGUACCAUGGUAAUCAGUGUGGCCUUUUCUUUUAAUUCUCUUUCAUUUUUGUUAUUUACACUGAUUGCUUUUAUGCCACACACUUCUUAUGUUUUCACUUAAAUUCAAUUUACAAAAUGUAGGGUUCUCACUGGUGAUGAUGAAAUUACCUUUUUAGAUCCAUCCCCCACCUCCUCUAGUUUACUUUCUCAAGUAUUUGUGUACUGACAACUUGUAGCCUUAGGGCAGUGAGGGUGUGCAUUUUAUUUAUUCCAAAAUAUCAGUGAAACAUAACUUUUAUCAGUUGCUCACUGUGUGCUUCAUUUUCCAUAUCAAGGAAAUUUAGAAAUCAUACUUCAGGUUGUAUACAUACAAAAGUGACAUAUCAGAUGUUGCUAAAGCUGGUAGAGAAGGUCCACAGACACGAGAGUCCAGUCUUCAGUGGCUGCCAUGCCCUGGCAGUGUUUGAAGGGAGCACGAGAGAAUCUGUGGGCCAUUGGCACAGAGAGUCCUAAGCAAAUGCUCCUCUUAGCUGUUCUUCAGCACUCCAGAAGAAUAUCAUAAUGCAGACCUGUGUCUCUAUUGACCUUCAGACUCAGGCGAGUUUCUGGUGGACUCCUCUUGCCCUCAUGCAGGCAGAGGCACCCUCACAGAGUGGUACUGAAUCCAUCCAUGGGACAUAGACAGUAAUCACCUUCCCUAAUGUAUGCAUACAUGACAAGUCUCCUGGUUGCCUAUCCCCAAACCCUCAAUUUCAUUCUAAGCAAUCACGGGGAGACGAUAGACUUGCUAUGUGUGAAUAUUAAGUAAUCACGAAAGGAAAGGACUCUUCCAUCCCUCGUCAGAACCCCUGGCACGGACGUUGUUCAAUUAGUGCUAAAGCAUAGAAAGCCUUUAAGCUGAUAGUAUCAGUAAUCAAAGAAUGAAAAGAGGGGACACAGUUAAAUGAAUGCACGAUUCAGGGUCAAAUAUAUUGAGCAGAAAGCUGUAGUGGGUCUUUGAUCAUGGUGAGAUUCCCAGCAAUAUCAAACAGUUGGUUCUCAUGUAACAGCUAAAUGUUUCAGAUUUUGUUUUUAUUAAAUUUGGCAUUUCACACUGAGAUAUGUAUUCCUAGUGAGUAACACACAGCUACUGUGUUCAGAGGGAUUCCGUUCCACAAUUGCCAAAUAGAUAUGUCAGGACAAGGGCCACAAAGUGUACUCCUUUCCCAGCGUCCUCCUGUUCUGAACUGUGCAGUUAAUGGUUGCAUUUUCUAAUAGAUACUUGUGUAAAGGUGUAUGUAAGCUUGUGCAGUUAUUAAAAAAAAAAAACGCAGUUUUGGAAAACAGUGUAUUUAUUAAGGAAAAAUCACUUAUGGGGCAUGUACAAAACUGUAAAGAAAAAUUUAAAAAUCACUUCAAUUUGCCCAGUAAAGUUGUUUUUGUGAAAUUUCUGUGUUGUUAAA